AGUGUGUUAGAGGUUUGAUCGUAGAGUCACAGUGAGUACAAGAGGAGAAAACUACACGCUUAUGCGCCGCAGCCUCUGAACAAAGACUGAAAUGGGGAAAAGUAAAACCACUAAGUUCAAGCGUCCGCAGUUCAACACGGUCGGUUUGCCGGUGAAUGCUGUGAAGGAAGUAGACGCUGAGGAAGAAGAGCACGACGAUGAUGAUGAUUGUCCAGCUGCGGAGUUGUUGGAGAAAUUGCAGAGUCCCAGUGCAGACGUGCGAGAGUUUGCAUGUGCCAGCAUUUCUCGGGUGGUGCAGCAGAGCCAAACCAUCCCAGGCUUCCUGCAGAGGGAUGCUGUGAGGCGCCUCGGGCCCAUGCUUUUGGACAGCAGCCUGUCUGUGAGGGAGACCGCCACCGGAGCACUCAGAAAUCUGAGUGCAUGUGGAGGUCAGGAGGUGUGCGAGGACAUGGUGAAGCACGACGUCAUGACUCCUCUGACAGCCCUGCUUAAAGAGUGCUGUGCUGGCUUUGAGAGCGCUGCAGUACAGAUGAAUGACCAGAAGAAUGCAGUGGAGGAUGUAGCCAAUGAGGCUGUGAACCUGCUGUGGAAUCUAUGUGAAAGCAGCAACCAGGCACUGACUGUGUUCAACAAAUCAGGUCUUCUCGAUGUGGUCGUCCAGUGUCUGGACAGACACCCGUGCAACGUGGAACUGGCCAUAUCUGCUGCCCACUGUCUGCACACUGUGACCGAGGAUAACCCAGAGCUGCUGUGUAGCAUGAACACUGCUGUGCUCGGAGCCCUGGAGACUUCGCUGUUGUCAUCUCAGCCCGGCAUGGCACACACUCUCCUCAGGACACUGGCUGCAGGCACACUGUGGAACGUGAAGGGAAGCCUUCCUGCCGCCCGCCAGGCGCAGACCCUCAGCGCCGUGGUAGCCACCUUGUCACAGUGCCUGGAUCUGGACGCAGGCACGCUGAUCCCUGAACUCAGACAAGCAGAGGAGGCGCGCCACAGAAACGCACCAGCUGCGACAGACAUGGAGGACCAGGCGGCAGUCGAGCUGGUUGUAGAGGAGAUGGACGAGGAGGAGGCGGAAGCACCUAAACACAAGAAGAACGGGAAAGCAGCAAGAGUCGAUAACGAUUUCUCUGACCUCUUGCCUAGGGGCAAGGAGGAGCUGAGGGAGGCAAUGGCCUUGCUGACAGCCCAGCAAACGUCCUUAGAGAUCAUCGUCAACAUGUGCUGCUCUGACGACCCGUCCGACGACGAGUGGGAGGAGUCGUCGAGCAGCGAUGAAAGUGAAAUGGGUGCCGACGGCCUUUGUGACGGAUUGUCCAAUCUGAUGUCUCCGCUGUGUUUGUCCGCUGAGGUUCACGGGGCCUUGAUCAAUCACAGCAUCCCAGAAAAGGUCCUCAAAAAGACUCAGUUUCCCAAACAGGAAGCCAUGGAUGUGUGCCAGCAGAAUCCCUCCUGGAAAAGCCUGAUAAAAAAGAUGCAGCGGGUACAGUCCCGGGCGCUGACGUGCCUCCACAGCAUCCUCUCCACCAUGGACGCUGAGUCUCUGGGAGGAGCGGCAGCCCUGCAGGAAGCAGCACAGCACUUGUCCACACUGGUUUUUGGCGCAGCAGAGCUACCCAAAGAUGAGGAGUUCCUAGAGGCUGUCAUCAGUGCCAUGCGAUCUCUUCUACAGAUGAUUGCCUCUAAAAAUAUCCCCCAGCACAUGACCCCCCAGCAGCUGAUGAGCCUGAGCGAAGCAGCCGCCCGCUGCGAGGUUGUCAGCGUGAGGGUCAAUGCCGUCGCCAUCCUGGGCAUCACUGGCAGCACGUUAGCCAAAGAGAAGGGUACUGCUGAAACCCUUCAGGUGAUUGGAAACGCUUUACUUCAAGUAGCCACAAAGGACGUGGACCUGGUUGUAAACGGAGAGGCCCUCGACGCCUUGUUUGACGUUUUCGCAGAUGGAGACGAGGCGGAGGCGGCAGCUGAAAACAUCCAGUUACUACCUGCACUGAAGGCACUUCAACCUGUCUUUAAGGCCAAGAUCCGUAAAGAAGGCAGAGGCAAGUACAGCCCUCAGCAGCUGUGCGUGUUAGACAACAUCAAAGUCAACUUGAGAAGAUUCAUCGGUUAUCUGGAGAAGGUGGUGAAGAAAUGAGAACUGUCAGCGAUCUGUUUGAA